AUGAACUGUGAAGACAUGUGCUUCAAUUUUUGGACUUUGUUUGAUAAAAAUAAGUGGUUGUUCAGAUCUAAUGUGCAACAAAAUGAAACCAUUAGCAAUGGAACCAUCGCCGAAAAUGGUAAAAAAUCUCUCGUUUUGAAUCGAAAGGCUGUGAAAUCCAUCUCAGCUAUGUCAACGAAAGCCCAAACUGAAUUGAGUGCAAUGAUAGCAGUCAAUGACUUUCAUCGUGAAUGCUGUUCGCGCAAAGUAAAUGAAGGUGAAUUUGAUCCGGUGAAACAUUUCUAUCCUCGCGUCGUGAAUGCCGAAAUUCACUCCUUGAUCGAAACAUUUUUGUCGAUGGGCAAUGAUCGCAUCGUUGCACGCUAUACAAAUCUGAAUCCUCGAGUCAAACCAGAAGUUUUGAAAAACAUUCUCUCCUACAUUCCGAGCCACUUCCAGUGGGCGGGUUCGGACUUAUUUAACGUUACCACUGCGUCUGGACAGAGGCAAAUGAUCGUAAUCGAAACAAACUCCUGCCCUUCCGGUCAAAAGUCAAUGCCCUUUAUAUCGAAAACAUGCGAAAGCAAUGCCCAAGGUGGUUAUCGCCGCGUUAUUGAAGCUGCAUUUGAGAAUCAGCUAUCGAAAGCCGAUCCUAGUUUGGGAGGUCUUGCAGUUAUUUGUGAUAAAAAUAUGAUGGAAUGCAGUGGGUAUGCAGCUGUUCUAGCUGAUGUUGCCAAAGAAAAAGUCUGGAUCUGCGAGUGGUUUAUGAAUGAAGCUGAUCCAGACGCUAAAUGGAUUGAUGGCGUGUUAUAUAUUCGAGACUCAGAGAAAGUUUGGCAUCCGAUACGAGCGUGCUUCCGAUACCUUACGCAAAAGCCGUGGAAUCGCUUUCCGAUCAAGACAAAAACCAUUGUUGUGAAUGAAAUAAUAAGUUGCAUUGCUGGUGGACGGAACAAAAUUAUGGCAGCCAUAGCAUAUGACCAAUACAACUCCGAGCUUGCGGGAACAGGUUUGAGUAUUCGAACACCGCAAACGAUAAGUAACGUUAACCGUUGCAAAAUACCAUUUUACAUUAAAUCAAUGGGCGGACGGGGUGUGUUGAAGGUACCAUACAGUAACGCUGGCCAGGGUGUAUACACAAUCACAAAUAAGAUUGAGCUGAAGGAUUUUAUGAGCCAGAAUUACCAUUAUGAUAAGUUUCUCGUUCAAUCUCUGGUGGGCAAGGCUGGUUGGUCCAGCAAAAACCGAUCCAACAAUUACUUCCAUGUCGGAACAAUUCCCAAUACGAACAACAACAUCUACGUCACUGAUAUUCGAUUAAUGAUCACAGGCAGCAAACAAGGAUUCUGCCCUGUGUGCAUAUUCGCACGUAAAGCAAAAACUCCUUUAUCUGCGGAACUUGAUGCUGACAUUAACAGCUGGGAAAUGCUCGGUACAAAUCUUUCUCUACAAUCACACAAUGGAACAUGGUCAACAGAUACAACGAGAUUGAUUCUAAUGGAUCAACAUGAUUUCAGUCAGCUCGGUUUAAGUAUUGACGACCUGAUUGACGCAUAUAUUCAAACUGUGCUGGCAGUUACCGGUAUCGAUCGGAUGGCAAAGAAACUGUUGGCUAACGGGGAAUUUGACUAUAAACUUUUCAAACGUUUAAAUCCUGACAAUGCUUUAAUCGAUGAAAUUCGACAAGCAAAUGGUGACGACAUUCUCUCUCCACCAAAGUCUACCAGUUUUAUGGAACGUUUCGGACCGAAACUAAAUAGAUGACUAAAUUAGUUUAUUGAGCAGAGAUAUUUUCAUACGCACAUAAUAAUGUGGAGCAAAGGGAAGCAAACAACUUCUAAACCUCCACGCGCCCAAUUUUUUUUUCAAAUAAAUUUCUAUUGAACAGUC